CAAUGUCUCGUGGAGGAGUUUUGGAUGCGUCUGUGAACAUCCACAGGUAGUUACACAGUCUGCUUCGCCAGCUCCACUUUUGCAUUUUUCUUGCAGAAGCAUAUAAUCGAUACGGACUCGAUUCUUUUGGUUUUUGUCUAUUCUAACUAAUGCGCUGAGCCGGAUACUUGCAUGCACAUUUUUUUGCAAAACACCGCGGACUGUGCAAUAACCUAUAGGCUAACGAUGCUUGUUUGUAAACCUUUGCAUUAAGUUUUCGACAAAUCAGAAUAACGCUUGGAUUGUAUUGCAAGUUUGGAUGUGAAGGCGAAAGCGGAAUACAAUGGCAAGCGAUCUGAAGCCUCGGUUGUGUGUGAUGAAGAAAGGAGAGAACGGCUACGGGUUUCAUCUGCACGGAGAGAAAGGAAAAACCGGACAGUACAUACGGAAAGUGGAGCGCGCGUCCCCGGCGGAGGCGUCGGGACUGCGCGCGGGUGACCGUGUGGUGGAGGUGAACGGCGAGAACGUGGAGAGAGAGACACACCAUCAGGUGGUGCAGCGGAUCAAAGCCGUGGAACAUGAGACCAGACUGCUGGUGGUUGACCGAGAGACUGACGAGUACUUUCGCAGCCUGCGUCUCACCUGCACGGAGGAAAUGGCCAUCCAAAUGAGCCCUGGAGCCACGAGCCCUUCACCUUCACCGUCCACCAGUAAACAGGGCAAUGGCUCGGUGUCCAAACGACCUGAGAUCUCCAAACCCAUCAGGAAACCUCUGUCACGAGCUCCUAAAAAGGAGGUUCAGCCCUCAUCGGAGUCCUCGACCCGGGACCCGUCUGAGCUUCUGCCGAGGCUGUGUCACCUGGUGCGGUCCGAGACGGGUUACGGCUUUAAUCUCCACAGCGAGAGGUCCAGACCGGGUCAGUACAUACGAGCUCUGGACCCCGGCUCGCCCGCUGACCGCGCAGGACUCAAACCUCAGGACAGACUCAUAGAGGUAAAUGGAAUGAACAUUGAACGCAUGAGACACGCUGAAGUUGUUGCCUUCAUCAAGAAGGGCGGGAAUGAGACGCGCUUACUAGUGGUGGAUCCGGACACAGAUGAGCAUUUCAAAAAGAUGGCCAUCACUCCCACCAGCAUCCAUGUCAAAGAUUUUGACGAGUCCGUAACUAACGGCUCCCACAGCCCACAUGUGAACGGGACGUCCUCACGAUCCACAUACUCAGACGGCAGCAGUCAGGACACCAACACACAAUAUAUAUAUAUAUAUAUAUUAGACUUGUGCGAAGAAACAGGUCUAUGUCUGAGCCCCACGGCGGCGGAGGCUAAAGAGAAAGCCCACGCCAAGCGCACCAGAAAGAGAGCGCCCCAGAUGGACUGGAACAAGAAGCAUGAGAUUUUUAGCAAUUUCUGAGUCUUCUUCCCAGAGACACGCCCCCCACGUGUGUUGCAUUCAGAGCCCCGGACACGUGACUGCUUUUGAUGAAAAAGAGGCACCUAUUUUUGUAGAAAAUGAAAACUUGAAGCAUAAAAAGUUGAAAAACACACCCAGAGGGGAUGAUAUGAGUUACGCAAUAGGAUUUCUGUCUUAUGAAUG